AUGAGUCUCGAUUUCAAUGCCGCCGGGGGAGAUGCGUUGUUGGACCUGACCUCUUUCGACCAGCGGGAUCGUUAUCCUUACACCACAACCGCUCCAACCUCCAAUCCCGCCCUUUCCGCAACCGCAAUGGGGACCAACUGCCCCCCAGGUGCUUGGCCGAUGCCUCUCGAUAUGGCCUCGACCUCGAAUCAUGUGUCCUCGCCCGAGGGGUCCCAGCACUCACAUUCUCACUCACAUUCUCACUCACACUCCCACGCGCACUCCCAGUCGCAGUCACCUACACAGCACAGCGCGAGUCCGCUGCAGCAAUCUCCAAGCUUCCAGGGAAACCCACAUGUGCACUCGCCUCAGCUUUUGACGGAUUGGACCCUACUUCAGCACCAGCAGUUCAUCCAGGACAACACGUUGAUACCCUUCAACCCGUUCCCCGCCAACUUCCAGACCAAUGCGUACUUGCCCGCCAACACCCAAGCUCCUUUGGAGUCGGGCCUCCAGUCCAUUAACAGUUUAUCCCCAAUUGAUGGCGCGCAGGCGAUGCAGCAGCAAUGGGAUGGCAUGGGCAUGGCGAAUUGGCAGGAUUUUGGAGCUUCGUUGCAAUUCCCCUCGGACGGGCUUCCUCGCUUCGCAAGCAUAGGCAGUCAGUCUCCCACGGGCACAUACCUCGAGGUGCUGUCACUCCCGAGCUCGGGCAGUGAUCAUGGCUGGACACAGGUCGACAUGUACCAGAAUUACGACUCAUAUCAGCAAGCCCAUGCCCAAGCACACAAUUUUGCUAUCCACAACCCCGGGCAGACGCUCCAUUUGAGAUCCCCUUCGGACUCCAAUACCGAUGGCAGCGGCCAACCCUUGGAAUUUGGUAGCAGUUACGAGGACCCUGCCUUCAACUACUCGCCCUUUUCACCAGGGUCGGAUACGUAUUCUGACCCUGCAAACCACCGCAACUGCUUCCAUGGCGAGACGCACCAUCACGCCCACGACACCGUCAGCCCCACCGCCGCCGUUGCGCCCAUGUCCAUCAAAUCUUCGCCUACUUCAAGUCGUCCAAGCCCCGCCAGCGGAUCCGGAGUUACCUCCCCUACAACCAACAGUGGUGUCCGCAGAAACUCUGGCGGCCCGCGCAAGAGCCCCAUCGCUAAGCCCACCAAGCAGGUCACGCGGAGGAUAUCGAACGGUAAGAAGGACGGCAACGGAGAGAAGAAAGUCGGACGAAGAAAGGGACCGCUCCUACCGGAGCAACGGAAACAGGCCAGCGAAAUUAGAAAACUUCGUGCCUGUCUUCGGUGCAAGUUCCUCAAGAAGACUUGCGACACGGGCGAGCCAUGUGGUGGUUGCCAGCCGUCUCAUGCUCGGUUGUGGCAAGUUCCUUGCACGCGUAUCGACAUCAAGGAUAUCGGUUACUUCAUGAAGGACUGGAAGGCGGACUACGAGCGCCAUCUCGACCGCGGCGUAUCCGUCUACAACGUCAAGGGCUUCGCCCAGAAGGAGACGCUCAUGUGGAUCACCCACGGGUACGGAUUCUGUCUGCCCAUCAUGGUUCGUGAGGUAUUUGUGGCCGACGACAGCUGCUUCUCCGUCGACUGGGUUGAGUCGUUCCAAGUUGAUCAAGAGCCGAUUGAGUUCGAACUCAAGACCGAGAAGCUUGACGUAGGCGAAAAGGGUGUGAACAUCGAGGCUCUCUCCGAGUACCUCGACAAGCACAUUGACAACGCAUUCGAGACCUUCAUUGACGAUCACUUUGAGGGCACCCCUUUCAUCACGGAGAUCCUCAAGACUGCUCACCGGUUCUACAUGAAGGAGAAGCUCCCAGUGCUCCGAAAGGCCCUCAAGCUCGUCCUUGCUUACAACCUCACCAUGCACAUCACUCUGGUUGAGCAACAGGGAACCGAGGAGGUCUUGGAAGGCCAGAUUGACGACGAAGACUCCAAGUACUACGGGAAGUACGUUGCGCCUGUCCUGAUUAACUUCCAGAUCAAGUGCGCUAUGGCGGACAUGUGGCGCGAGCUGCAGAAGGACAUUCUCGAGGAGCUGUCCUCUCUCUACUCUAGCGUGUACAGUGGUGACCGCCUCAAGAACUGGCCCACCAUCUUCAUGCUGGCUUCGAUCCUGUUGGCCGUGUGGGAAGAGAUGCAGUUCGACUGCCACUACAGAGUUCCCGACCCCGCUGCGGUCGAGAAGUUCUGCAGUGACAUGGAGACCACCCCCGUCGGCGUCAUUACUGGCCUCUUCCACGCCAUCUCGCAGAAGCUCCCGGCUCUGUCUGACUGGGACAGCCAGCGCCACGGUCAGCUCCUCAACAACAACGUUGCGGUGUGUGAAGCUAUGACUGAAGUGCGGCAGCAUGUUCUCAAGCACGAAUCGUACCUUCGGGCGCGAAACACUGCCAAAUUCGACAGAUACGACUUCGAUUCCUUAUCGAACAAGUUCUUGUCCAAGCUGGUCAUCAAGGCCAACUAG